AAGGCGAAAGAAAGGAAAGACAAGAGAAUAAAACACGCGUUUCGCUGGAUUCGCAAGCAAGGACGUAACGGGGUUACCUACGCUCGAGAUACCAGCUUGACUUGAGACGCGACCGAUUCUCCCAGGUAGGGGAAACGAAUCAAAUUCAUGGAUUAAAGUAAAGUGUUUGCAUAAAAUAGGAAUUGAGCUUUGAUCGCCUGCAAAAAUGUUAGCGAUGUUAACUGCCGAUUGGUUCCCUUUGGGCCGAGAUAUAUAUUUUAGGAAAUUUGAACUGUAUCCAUUGUCUUUUCAAAAUGAGGUGUCAGAUAAUAACAUGCUAAUCGCUGCUCCUUACGGAGGUUCCAUCGCAGUCACGAGAAAUCCGAAAAAAUUAGUCAAAGUACAAGGAGUGAAUAAACCUAUGAUAUAUUUGUAUACAUCUUCCGGAAAACUAACAGCCAAGUUCCAAUGGAAUGGUGGACAAUUAAUCCUUUUAGGUUGGUCUCAACAAGAAGAAUUACUGUGCAUAGAAGACGAUGGCAUGGUUCAUAUAUAUGAUAUGUUUGGUACAUAUCAACACGCUUUUAGUAUGGGAAACGAAGUAAAAGAUACCAAGGUUGUGGAAGCAAAAUUUUUUGCCAGUUACAGUGGAACUGGUAUUGCAGUUCUAACAUCUGUUAAUCGUAUAUUCCUAGUAAAUAAUAUAGUUGAACCAAAAGUUAGACAAAUAUCAGAUAUUCCUAGAUAUGGCGGGCAAAUCGAAUGCUGGUGUUUAGUUCAUUGUGAUAGAGAAACACGUGUGAUAUUAUCGAACAGAGAUGGAAUAUUUGUGAUACAUCAGUCUCAUCAAGCUGCAACUCAUAUACCAUUUGACAACCUUUUUACCAGGCAUAAUAAAGUUUCUAGUGUAAUCGCUAUGGCUGUGUCUGGAAACAAUCGUCAUAUUGCUCUUUAUAUGGAUACUGGUCAUUUGUAUAUGGGUACUAUAGAUUUUAAUGAAAAAUAUUGCGAACAUUAUACAAAUAUGAAAGAACCAUUAGAAAAUAUAGCAUGGUGUGGAACGGAAGCUGUAAUAUGUAGUUGGAAUAGUACUGUAAUGGUGAUUGGACGAACAGCUGAAACUAUAAUAUAUACAUAUGAUGGUCCGGUACAUCUUAUUACAGAGAUUGAUGGUAUACGUGUAUUAUCUGGUUCUUCUCAUGAAAUGAUACAAAAAGUACCAAAUGUCGUUCAAAAAAUAUUUCGAAUUAAUUCAACCGAUCCUGCGUCUUAUUUAUUGGAAGCAUCUAAGCAGUUUCAAAAAAGGAGUCACAAAGCUGAUAGUUAUAUGGAUUUGGUUAAAGAUAAAUUAGAUGCUGCGAUAAAAGCUUGCAUUGAUGGAGCUAGUCAUGAAUUUGAUUUUGAAACACAAAAACUCUUAAUGAGGGCUGCCAAAUUUGGAAAAGGAUUUAGUAGGACAAUUAAUCCUGAAUAUUACGUCAAUAUGUGCCGAACUUUAAGAGUUUUAAAUGCUGUACGACACCCUGCAAUUGGAAUUCCAUUAACGUAUACGCAAUUCACUGUCCUCACGAGUCAAGUACUGUUGGACAGACUUGUUGCGAGAAGACAUUAUUAUUUAAGUAUACAAAUUGCACGGCAUCUUCAGUUACCAGAAAUCGAAGGAGAAAGUCGAAUAUUAGCUCAUUGGGCUUGCUAUAAAGUAAAACAAACACAAUUGGACAAGGAGCAAAUAGCAGAAGAAAUAGCUGAUAAAUUAGGCUAUGCACCUGGUGUUUCUUAUAGCGAAAUCGCAAGAAGAGCAGCCGAUUGUGGCCGAAAACAACUUGCAAUUAAAUUAAUAGAUUACGAACCACGUGCACAUCAACAAGUACCACUUCUAUUGACGCUUGGUGAGGAGAAAGCCGCUUUACAUAAAGCCGUUGAAAGUGGAAAUACCGAUUUAGUUUAUACUGUAAUACUUCAUCUUAGGGAGAAUAUGCCGCUCGGUGAUUUUCAGAUGUCCAUAAUGCACUGUCCCUUAGCGAUGGCUUUAUACAUCAAGUAUUGUCAAAAUCAUAACCGAGAGACACUCCGUGAUAUUUAUAAUCAGUAUGAUGAUUUUCACUCUCAAGCGAUAUGGUUCAUUACCGAGAGCUAUCAGCGAAAGAAUACAAUGUCUAGAGAAGCAUUGUUACAAUCUGCACAAGAGAAUUUCAAAUUAGCUCGCAGUGAUAGCAAUGCAACUUUGACAGAAGAACAAAUAAAAUUAUUACGUUAUCAAAGGUCUAUGGAAGAUGUAUUACAGGAAUCCAUUGUAGGAAAACCACUUCAUGAUACUGUAAAAGUAUUACUAUUGCGUAAUGAACUCAAAUUAGCUGAUAAACUGAGAUCAGAGUAUAAGAUAUCAGAUAGAAGAUAUUGGUGGUUACGAAUACAAUGUCUAGCUGAGAAGGGCAUGUGGAAUGAAUUAGAAAAAUUCUCCAAAAGUAAAAAAUGCCCUAUUGGCUAUGAGCCUUUCAUAGAUGAGUGCUUGAAAUAUAAUGAAGAAAGAGAGGCAAAAAAGUAUUUACCAAAAGUAAGGGACGAAUUGAAAGUAAAAUACUUGGUUAAAUUAAAAAUGAUAAAUGAGGCGGUUCAAACGGCAAUGGAACAAAAAGAUGUUAAUGCGUUAACUUUCUUAUUAGCGCAAUGUGAAACAACAGAUAGACAAUUAAUUGAUAAAAUUAAUAUGUACAUAACAAGUCUCAAAAAUUGAUAAUAUAUCAUAUUUAAUUUAUCGUGACAAUUCUGAAUCACUGGUUAAUUUUUAUAAAUAUUAUUAUAUACAUUUCAUAAAAAUAUAACUAUCCAGUCACGAAAACAUAAUAAUUUUAAGCGCUUUGUAACCAAAAGUUUUGUCAUGUGAAAUUGUUUCAUUAUAUUUGUGAUUCAUUCUGAAUACAUACAUAUAUACAUUGUUUAUUCAUAAAAAUUGCGUGUAUGUGUGUAUGUUUGUGUGCGCGCGUGCAUGAAUACCUGUGCAUACUUAAGUUUAUAUUUAUUUUAAUAUGUAAAUAAUAUUAUAUAAAAAAUAAUAGAGCUAAUACCUUUUAA